AUUUUGAUAAGAUUUGACGUUGUUUCGUUGUUUUGAUUGUGCCACUUGCUGCGUUGUGGGGUCCAAAGGCUCAUUACAUCAACAGUCGUCACACUUUACAUUUCGAGACAUAGUUUUCCAGCACUGCCAUGGAGUCGAACGAGGUGGACGAUAAAAUCCCGCUAAAGCUGGCUCAGAUAUCGAUCGACAAGUUCAACCAGACUAUCCCGCAGUACUUGACUGUGCUGCAAAAUCACAAAUGCAACAUUGAAAAGGCAGGCUCACUGAACGACUGGGAAAAGGUAAAACGGGAGCAGUUGAAUGCGACACGCAUUGUGAAACAGAUCAAGUUCCUGUUGGUGGAAAUAGACAAAGUGCGCCAGCGAUUACGAACCAGCGAUUACGAUCGCUUUGACGAUGGAAUUGAAGAUACGAAGAAAAAGGCAUUCAACAGUAUGGCGGAAUACCUGGCCAUGCAGAACGCGAUACGUGCACAAUCUGCAAGCAAAAGUUACCGACAACAGCAGUACGACGAGGAUGGUGCUAAUGGCGAUUCUGAGUAUCCCACUGGUGGAAGGCUGGCGUACGUGCCCCAGAUUACCAGUUCCUACAACAUGGAGGAACACGAGAUACGACAACGAGAGGAAUGUCUACGCCAAAUGGAGCAUCUACAGAGCGAAAUGGAGGACAUCCAAGAGCUCUACCAGAAGGUGCACGAGUUGGUCCACGAGCAAGGGGAAACUGUGACAAAGGUGGAGGAGAACAUCGACGCGACGCAGAUCCAUGUGGAAGCGGGCGUUACUGCGUUACAGAAAGCUUUGGCGUACAAGAAAGCCGUUUACCCGCUGGCGGGAGCGUUCCUGGGCACCUGCAUCGGUGGUCCAAUAGGACUGGUAGUGGGACUAAAGGCAGGUGGUUUGGCAGCGUUGGGCGGAGGUUUGGUCGGGUUUGCGAGUGGAAAGUUCAUCAAAGACGUCGACGCGGUGCCAGAAAGCGAUGACGCUGUACCGAGCGAUAGUGCCACCGAGGCCUUCGCUAACACGCCCACCGAACCUGGCGCAGGCCUGCCUAUAGCAUCGAGAACUUGACAGUUGCUCAAUCGCUGUUCCAUUCAGUAACUGUCGAAUUCCGAUGCGCUACCUUUUAGUGUCGAUCGAGAGAUGCCUAGGUGUUAAAUGUUGUAUAUUAUACUUUUAGCGCUAACCAUUUCAUCAUAAUCGCGUGCGAUGCUCUACGCCCAGGGAAGGCCUAUCCCCAAACUAGUUGCUAAUGUUUCGUUACAGCAUAAAUAUAUCCUAUUCCUCUAUG